ACUAGAAUGCCAGCAGCGGUCGCUCGACAGUUUUUCCAGAUCUAGCAACGCUGUCGCUGAGUGUCGUUCUUUUUUGUGCUGGUUUACUACGUAAAAGUGUUGCUCGCUCUGCGUUCGUGCAAUAAAUAAAUUAUUAUCAUUCCCAACCGGGCGUCCAGAGUAGCCCCCUUCUCGGGCAGACGGUCGAAACGAAGGAUUGGCAUCCAAUUUCCUGGCUAACACCAAUAUCGAAACCAAGAGUUUGGUCCAAAGUGCGUGCGAGUGUGUUGGUGCGUUUCGCUUCGCGUGUGAGUGUGUGUGUGUGUGCGUGUGUCGUCGUAGCAGCAGCGCCAGUGGAGGAAGAAGAAGCAGCAGCAACAGCAGCAGCAGAAAAGGAGCAGCGGAAGAAGAAGAUUGUCCAGGCACAUUUGCCGGAACGGGAACGAACCCGUAACUUGGAAGGGACACAAGGCGAGAGAGCGCGUUAGUGGAGAGAGAAAUGCAACAACAACCGGAGUCCGGAGGCGAGGAGAGCUGGCUGGAGGAGCAGUGUCACCGAGAAAUCCACGGUCAGCACGAUGAAUACGAACGGGAGUUUGUGCGUCAGCGGGAUAACAAUCUGGGCACUGUUUGGGGAGCAUUCCAGGAUUCGGCCACCGCCGUUGCCCAGCUGUACAGAGAACGCUCAUCGAACACAUUUUCCUCGGAUACAGGCGCCCUUUGGCUGCCCUUCCAGACCGCAGCUGGCACUGUGACAACACUCUACAAAGAAUCAUGUGAUGGUCUCAAACGCACCAGCGACGCUGCCAUUCAAUGCGGCUACCAAAGACGCACUCGCGAAUUGGCCGAUUGGGCGCGUAGCAAAAAACGCCGCAUGAUACGUCGCGAGGAUCUGUUGGCCUAUUUGGCCGGAAAGCCACUACCGCCAUCCAACUCAAAUCCACAUGCCAAUCGUCGCUCACCGAAGCCGGAGCAUCACCACCAGAGCGGCAGUGGUGGCUCUGGCCUGGGAUUCCACGGCUCCGGACUGGGCCUGACCGGUGGUCCGCUCACAGCUGCCGGCGGUGGGCACUUGCUGUCCGCCGGAGCAGCCGGUGGCCGUCAGGAGGUAACGGGCGGUGCCCCCGGUGGCGGAAUCGGCGAUGACUUGCACACGUUCAAGGAGGCCUUGGUUUUGCGACCCCGUGGCCCGGAACUAUUCGCAUUUGUCGCCAACGAAAUAGCGCGACAUUGCAAGCGUCCCGGGAGUCCCAUCGACGACAAAAUGGACAUUUGCCACUACAGUAGUAAACGCCAGCGCUUCAUGUAAUCCACAAGCAAUUGCAAUUGCGAUCCCAGCCCAAAGCCAAGCUCCCGGUCACUAGGACACCAUGUAACUCCACCUCGUCUAAUUGAAAAUAAAAAUGGAAAUAAAAAGGAAAAAGGAAAAAUAUAAAGGCCACUGCGAGCGAAUCGAGUGGAAGGCUUGCGAGAACGAGAACAUAAGUAGUAACUUGAUGUUAAGAUUUUCAGUUUAAGAAUUGCCUACCGUAUUGUUUUUUUUUUUAACAAAGCAACCCACUUUUAGCCACCCACUUUGUGCACAUACAUGCAGCAAAUGUACGUAAAACACACAAAAACCACACACAUGAAUAGAGUUAAGUUAUGUUUUAGUUGAUAGCACUUAAGCGAAAAGUCAUGUCGAUUGUAAUGACACCAGAAGGAAGAUGUUUAUGUUAUAAGGAUAAUGCCGAUGGUGGGCACAAACUGUUAAUCAUUGUCAUCAUGCAUUAAUGCGAACGGAGUGAAAAGCUUAGGAGUACGAUAUCUGUUAUAUGCCAGCUGUGCGUCUGAUUUACGAUUACGAUUAAGCGAAGCGGUAAUAGUGAAUGGUAUUGUAAAAUGUAUAACCCACAAUAUAUUAUACAUAUAUAUAUUUUUUUUUUGCAUUAUGCAAACCACAAAUGAAGCUGUGUAAAUAACAACAAAAUAAGAGACACCCCCCAGAAAUCCGAAGCAGAAAUAUAAUGUUACAUAUUUAUAUA